AUGAACUCAGACACAGUUCCAACUCCAGAUGUUUUCUCCAUUGGCAAUUACAGCACAAGUUUCAUAAAAGUUGAACCCCAAACAUGCGCCCCAAAUAUCUCUAAAUGUCCACCAAAACAGCUGUUGAUUUCAAGCCCGACAGAGGGUGGAAUUUACCCGGUGCUAUUGUUCCUCCAUGGCUACCUCCUCUACAACUCCUUCUACUCUCAGCUUCUGCAACACGUGGCUUCACAUGGUUUCAUCGUCAUUGCUCCGCAGCUAUACUGUAUAGCAGGGGCGGAUGCGAGUGAAGAAAUCGAGGCGACGGCCGAUAUUACGAAAUGGGUAUAUCGCGAGCUGGCCCGUUUCCUUCCUCCUCAAGUCCGUCCCAACUUGGACAAGCUAGGAUUAGCCGGCCACAGCCGUGGCGCCAAAGUCGCAUUCGCACUACUACUAAACAUAUCCAAAUCAUCUCUCGAUCUCCAUCUCGAGCGGGAUAAGGAUAACAUUUCCUUAAAAUUUUCGGCGGUCUUAGGUAUUGACCCAGUCGACGGGAUGGAGAAAGGAAAACAAACACCCCCACCUGUCCUAACCUACACUCCCCAUUCAUUCGACUUAGGAGGAAUGGGAGCGCUCAUAGUCGGUUCCGGGUUAGGCCACGUGAAAAGGAACCCUCUUUUCCCGGCGUGUGCCCCGGACGGCAUGAAUCACGAGGACUUUUACAGGGAGUGCCGUCGGCCGGCGUAUUAUUUUGUGGCCAAGGAUUACGGGCAUUUGGACGUGCUGGAUGAUGAUACGAAAGGUUUACGCGGCAAGGCCACGUGUUUGUUGUGCAAGAACGGGGAGAGUCGGGGGCCAAUGAGGAGGUUUGUUGGGGGAGCUGUGGUUGCGUUUUUGAAGGCUUAUUUGGAAGGGGAUUCGAGGGAUCUUGUGCUGAUAAGGGAAGGGCGUCAAGAGCUUCCUUUGGAGCUUCAAAGACUUGAGUUUCAAGUGUAG